AUGUUGUUUUUUUUGGGUUCACGUGUAUUAGAUCCGAAAACACGUCAGUUGUUUGAAGCGGAUAUCUGUCAAGCCACUAUUCCGAAUUUUGAUACUCUUGUUACUUUUGUUCAAAAACGUGUCAAGAUAUUGGAAAACAUCCAGGGUGUUGACAAGUCUGAAACUCGAUCUAAUAAGUUUCCAAAAUCCAAUGCGCCGAAGUUUGCUUUUACCGCCUCAAGUAGCAAUGUUCAUAAGGCAAAAGGUUCGUCGUCGUAUUCGCCAAAACUGAAUAAGGCAAAGCAUUGUACUAUUUGUAAUCGUGGUGAACAUUUUCUAUAUCGCUGUCCAGAAUUUAAAACAUUUUCCGUGCCACGACGUCGGGAAUACGCUCGAACAAAUAAAUUAUGUUUUUCAUGUCUGAGUUCGACGCACAUGGUAGACACAUGUAAAUCCAAAUACCUUUGCGGAAAAUGUCAACAACGUCAUCACACGUUGUUACAUUUUUCAUCAGAAUCAGAACCUACGACCACCACCAAUCAGGAACGCGUCUCAAUCGACGGUGGAGAGGGUGGAAGCGUCAAUAUUAAGUUUUCGGGCAUGUCAGCGUCGGGUACUACGGUGCUAUUGGGUACAGCCAUUGUUCGUGUUCUAGAUGCGCGUGGAAAUUAUCAUAUGGUGCGCGUAUUAUUGGACAGUGGGUCUCAAAUAUCAGCAAUUACUACGGAUUGUGUAGCUCGCAUAGGAUUGGCCCGACGUAAAUGUGACAGUGAAAUAGUUGGUCUAUCUCAAAGUCCGGUUACCCAAGUUAGAGGUAGUACUUCUUGUUCGUUCAUACCACACCAUAUGUCGAAUCCAAAAUUUAAUUGCCACGAGUUAAUAAUACUUCCCAAGUUGACGUCUGUGUUGCCGUCUACGCCACUACCGCCAGAGAUACGCACACGAUAUCAACAUUUAGUAUUGGCCGAUCCCCAGUUCGACACUCCGUCUCAGAUCGACAUGCUACUUGGAGGGGAUUUAUAUCCGUUUCUUAUCCGUUCUGAGUCGAUAGUAAAACACACUGCCGUUUUUCCUUCAGCCAUGGACAGCCAUCUGGGAUGGAUUAUAAUGGGAUUAGUGAACCCUCUUAAACCCGGCGUUCCCGCAGUUCCUACCACGGAAGAUGAGCUGUGUGAAAGGUGGUUUACCAAAUCUACAUCACGAGAUGCAGAUGGGCGUUUUUGUGUUGCCUUACCGUUUCGACACCACGUUUUCACUAAUGACGAUGGUAUUCAGAUAUCCCCUCCCAAGGCCGGAAUUAGUUCGUCAUCAUGUCAACUCGGAGAAUCCCGAUCUUUAGCUUUGAAAUGUCUUCUGAAUUUGGAAAAUCGCCUCCAAAAAGACAAAUUGUUGUAUGAGUCAUAUCGAUCUUUCAUGAAUGACUACCUGGCGUUAGGACACAUGAAGGUUGCCACCCGACCUGGUAAAUAUCAAAUACCUCACCACGCGGUAGUGAAGCGGGAUGGCGAUAAGUCUAAAUUACGGGUAGUUUUCGACGCGUCAGCGAAGUCAUCGUCAGGAGUUUCUCUCAAUGAUAUUCUUUGUGUUGGGCCGAAACUACAAAAUGACAUAAGUGAACUCUUGCUCACAUGCCGGUUAUACAAAUAUAUUUUCAUUGCCGACAUCGUAAAGAUGUACCGUCAGAUCAAGGUCCGUGAUGAAGACUGCGUGUUCCAACACAUUCUUUGGCGACAUUCCCCGGAACUGGAAAUCCAGGAAUACGAAUUGCUGACAGUUACGUAUGGUUCAAGUUCCGCUCCAUUUUUGGCCAUACGUGUUCUACAUGCUUUGGACGCUUGCGCGGAACCACUUUUUUCCGCCGCCAAGGGCGUCUUAACUAAUCAUACCUACGUCGACGACAUUGUGGUAGGACGGAAUACGGAAGAAGAAUUGAAUCAGGUGCAAAAUCAUACAAUAGGACUACUUCGUUCAGCUGGUUGUAGCCUGAAAAAGUGGUGUAGCAAUAGCUCCAGAAUUUUAGACUGCAUUCCACCUGAAGAUCGAGCUAAUUGUCCUUCCUUCGAACCUAAAGAUGAACCAUCAUUGAAAGUACUUGGCCUACAUUGGGAUCCCGUUACCGAUGCCUUUGGUUAUCACACGCAUGUUGAGAACACGCCUAAUACAAAGCGAGGGGUAUUAUCUGCCAUUGCUAGAUUGUUCGACCCCAUUGGUGCUCUUGGUCCGAUGUUAUUGUGGGCGAAAUCAUUCAUGCAGCAACUUUGGCAGACACAAUUAGAGUGGGACACUCCUCUUCCUCCGCACCUACAGACAGCGUGGUGUCAUUUCUUGGCAGAGUUACCGUCGUUGGGCAACAUAGAAAUCGCUCGCCAUAUUGACACCAGAGGAUUUCAGGAUGUCCAACUAUUAGGAUUUUCCGACGCGUCGCAGAAGGGUUAUGCUGCUACAGUGUACCUCCGCGUAGUCGAUAUGACAGACAAGGUGUCCAUAUCCCUUGUUACGUGCAAGACCAAGGUCGCUCCUUUGAAAGGCAGUGAAAAGGACGAAUCUCUCACCAUACCUAGGUUAGAGUUAUGUGCAGCCCUCUUACUGGCUCAAUUGUUACACCGGCUCCACCUAAAGAUCACGUCCAUUGUUCCGGUGUCAAGAGUGCGUGCUUGGACAGAUUCGUCCAUAGUGCUGUCAUGGCUCACUACUGACCAAAAGUUUUUUAAGAUUUUUAUUACCAACCGAGUAGCCAAGAUCCGUUCCCUACUCCCCGAUUGCGAUUGGUCCCAUGUGUCUACUAUUGAUAACCCUGCUGACCCUUCAUCACGUGGAUUAUUGCCUGACGACCUCGUAACAUGUAGCUUGCAUUGGAAAGGUCCACCGUUCAUACAUUUUCCGGAAGAGAGUUGGCCAGGGCCACUCAUCCAAUCGCUCAGUCCUCAACAUUUACCUGAAGUGAAAACUACGUUAGCGUGCGUGUUGGUUGUUCGUGAAGCACCGAACUUUGAUAACUUUUUACUUAGAUUUUCAUCGUGGUCUCGUCUUCAACGAGCAUUGGCAUAUUUUUUGCGCUUCAUAGAUCGAGUAAUUCUCAAGCACCCUACCGACGCCGACUGUCUCACGCCAGAUGAAUUGCAGCGUGCUAUGCGACUUGCCGUCCGAGUCACUCAGCGAACGCAUUUUCAAGAGCUCCUGAAACAACUGGCCAAACCAAGCCACAUCGUAACCCCCUCCUACUAUGGCUCAACUAGCCCCUUUUCUGGAUCAUAA